CGACCAUUGGCUCGAGCCAACGUGUUGGCAUGAUGGGGACCAUUUCCUCAUCUUGGUUCCUGAAGUGAAGAUGCCUUUCGAAAAGCCCGUCGUGAUUGACUGCCGCGCCCACUUGGUCGGUCGCCUUGCGUCUUUGGUCGCCAAGGAACUCCUCCUCGGCCAACACGUCGUUGCCGUGCGUUGCGAAGAACUCAACAUCUCCGGCUCGCUCGUGCGCAACAAGGUCAAGUUUUUGCAAUUCUUGAACAAGAAGUCGUGCACGAACCCCAAGAAGGGUCCCCUCCAUUACCGCGCUCCUUCGCGCAUGUUCUGGCGCACGGUCCGUGGCAUGUUGCCCCACAAGACCGCCCGCGGUGCGGCCGCCCUCCAACGCCUCAAGGUGUUUGAUGGUGUGCCUUCCCCUUACGACAAGGUGAAGCGCAUGGUUGUUCCUGACGCCCUCCGCGUGCUCCGCCUGAAGGCCAACCGCCGCUACACCAACCUUGGCCAAUUGUCGUCGCAAGUCGGCUGGCGCCACCACGACUUGGUCAAGCGCUUGGAAGCCAAGCGUAUUGUCCGCUCGGAAGCUUACUACAAGAAGAAGUUGGAGCAAAACAAGUUGGUCGCUGCUGCCACUGCCAAGGUGGCCGCCGAACACAAGGAGCUCCGCCCUACUUUGGAAAAGUUUGGCUUGACCCUCUAAGUUGGUGAAACACACUAACAUUUGAAAGGAACCCGUCAGACGUCGGCACUUGUAAAUGGCGUUAAUACCAUCUAUUGCCAUGGAGGAACCAA